CUCUCUCCUCUCUCUCACACACACACGGCACGCACUAUUCAACUAUUUUCUCUCUCACACACCACACACACUAUUCAAGUACUUCCUCUCUCUCACACUAUAUAUAUAUAUAUAAUCAACAUUGCCGUUGGCAGUGGUAACUCAACAGCUAGAUAUAGAGAAGAAGAGGAAAAAGAUUGAAUCUUGGAUACAAUCCCACUUAUAAAUCUUUCUCUUUAUAUACUAGGAACUCUAAAGAUAGAAAGAGAGAGAAGCUAAGAAAUACUGAAUCUUUUUUCUUUUUUUUCAUUAGCCUACUUAAUCUCUCUCCCUCUCCCAUAAAUAGUUAGUAGAAUUAGUAGAGCUCAGACAGUGAAGAAAAAUCGGAUCUUGAAUUGAAUAAACCAUUGGCUUCAUAUUUUUCAUGGGAUCUGGGCUUUCUUGAUUUUCAUAAAGGUUUCUAAUGGCAAAUCUAUGUGCUUAUUGAAGAAAUCACUCCUGGCCCACCAAUUUAAUGAAUUUUUAGAUUAAAAUUCAAAGUUAGAUUUGAAUUUUUGACUGAGGUUAAUUUGUUAAAGAAAUAACCAGUUAUAGUUGAGAAGAAAGGGGCUAAUAUCUUCACAAUCCAAUGGAAGAAAGAGACAUUGUUAUCGAUAUUGAGAGCUUUGCGGAUACGAUCUGUGAUAAUAGGCUGCCUACGAAUAAUGGAGAUGAAUUAUCCAAGGGUGAAAAUCCAUUUAUCCUGUCCGGCAAUAAUGUGAAGAAUGUUCCGGAUUUAAAUAAGAACACGAAGAAAGAGAAGCGAAUGUCGAUGAGUGCAAAGAAACCUCCGAAACCCCCACGGCCCCCUAGGGGAUUGUCUCUUGAUGAAGCUGACCAAAAGCUGAUAAAAGAGAUUUCCGAACUUGCUAUGAUUAAACGAGCUAGGAUCGAACGGAUGAAGGCAUUGAAGAAAAUGAAAGCAGCAAAGGCAUCUUCUGCUUCGACAUCGUCUACCAGCAACUUCAUAGCUAUGCUGUUCACCGUUUUCUUUUGCGUUGUGAUUCUUUUUCAAGGUUGUCCAUCAGGAAUCUUGCCGAUGAACAGCACAGCCAGUGGAAUAUUCCCCGGUUCACCGCAGUCAAAUGGAGCAAGCGAGGGCAAACUCGUUUUUGUUGAAGACCAGCAAAGUGUAUUAAUGGAGCUAGUUCCAGGUGGUUCAGAUAGCAAGGGUGAUAAAAGAAAAGAUAUCGGUUGAUACAAAUAUUUUUGGUAUUGCUCUUUAUUCUUGAUCGAUACACACAGAACGGAACAGAUAAGUUGCAGAAUCGGAAGUUGAUAAAAUAUGGAGAUCUGUACAGUGAUCUCUACGGUAAUAAUAUUCAAUAAGAGCGAAUUAAUGAAGUUCUAUCUGUGUUGGCUAUAAAGAAGAAUGGUAAGUACUUUACCAGCCCAGCCAGCGGCUGUUGUGCUCUUGUUCGAUCGGUGUUAUAAAAUGUUGGAAAUUGAGAUUGAAACAUCUGAUUUUGGGAUUUGUACGUAAUUUUGAUAUUAUGAUGAUGAUUACAUCCAAAUUUUGUGCUAGUCA